AUGGGGGUCGUGCCGCUUCCACAGGUCUCCAGGCGCUGGCUCCGCUAUACAAUUGCUCUUGCCAUUUUCGCGCUGCUGCUUUUGUAUCUCUAUCACCGGAGCCAGCGCGGCCUCUCGGGCUGCGGAUCCGGGGCCCAGCCCUGCGUUUCGGAGGGACCCCCACCUUCUCAGAUCCUGCAACAGUGGGGAGCCCUGGAGGCCCCGGAGCGGGGAGAGCCUCCGUGCCUGGGCCCCCGGGGGAUGCUGGGCCGCCUGGUGAGGCCGUUCCGCGCCAGCCUAAGCCUGGACGGGGAUGUGGAGCUGUCGCAGUACCUGGCCGGAUGGAGGGAGCUGAUCAAAUUCCUAACUCCCUUCGGCUCCAUCUUCACCUUCGCCACCAGCGAGGCCUUCACCAAAGUGACCGCCCUGGAGGCUCGCGUGCACGGCCCGGAGGCCGCGCACUACAAGACGCUGGUGACCAUGGCCGCGUGGGAGCGGCGGGCGGGGCGGCUGGAGAGGCCCGGGGCCGCCCCCCCGGACUCGGCCAGGUCCUCGGGCUCCCGAACGGCGCUGCUGCUGCACCGCGCGCUGCGCUGGUCCCAGCUCUGCCUCCGGCGGGUGGCCACCGGGGCGCACCGCGGCCCGAGCGCCGGCGAGCAGUGCAGCGACGCCUACAGCGCCGUCCUGGGCCCGCACCACCCCUGGCUGGUGCGCCAGGCCGCCCGCCUCGCCUUCCUCUCGUUCCCGGGCCGCGGCCGCCUGCUGGAGCUGGCCUGCCCGCGGACCACGGAGGCGGAGGCGCGGGCCGCGUUGGCUCGCGCGGCGGCCACCCUGGAAGAGGUCUACAACCGGACGCAGGGUUUGCUGGCCGAGCGCGGCCUGCUGCAGCUGGCCUAA